AUGGGGGUUAACAACCGAUACUCCUUUGUGGAAACGCCAAUGGAAAUGUCUCCUCCAAACCAGUUCCAUUCGCAACCUCCCUCCGACCCAGCUGCUCAGGACACUCCUUCGGUUCACCAGUCGCCCCAUUAUGACAUUGAGAAGGCGCAGUUUGCUGCUCAAGGCCCGGAUAUUCAACAACAUCCCGCCCUCCAUGCCCCGUUCGCUGACCAUACACCUCAACAAUCCGCGACAGAAUCUCGGGGCCAGAAUAUAGAUCCCCCGGGUUCCCCCGGUGCUCUUCCAAUCAAGACAGAUCCUUAUACGCAAAGUCAUGGGUAUGGACGUCAAAAUUUGCCCAUAGCCCCCGACGCAAACCCUCUUCAAUCGCCUACAAUACCUUACUUUCCUCCUCCCGUUAGGGCACCGACAGCGCAAACACCAGCCGCAAUUGAAUUUGCGCCAUACCAUCAACCAGGCCAGAUACCACAUCCAAACCAGCAGGUAAAGGGCGGUGGAUGGAGUCUUGGUCUAUGCGAUUGCUCGAGUUUUGCGGGGGCGUGUUGCCUUGGCCUCGUAUGCCCAUGUAUUUUGUAUGGUAGGACUCAACAUCGUCUGGCGUUGAGGUCGCGAAAAGAGGAUCCAACGAACAUGCUGGGACACGAGACAUGUAAUGGGUCCUGCACCGCUAUGGCUCUGUUAUGCGGCUUUCAAUGGCUUUUGGCUACCGUCCAACACACUCGAACCCGCAGAGCAUAUGCGAUUCAGGGUAGCAUUGCAUCUGACUGCGUUCGCGCAACCUGCUGCACGUGCUGUACGCUUAUCCAGGAUGAGAAGGAGAUAAUGAAAAGAGAGGAGGAGCGGGCGAAAGCAUCCAGAGCCUCGGGAGCUACAUUGGUAUCUCCGUACACGGCCCCGGUGCCGAUGUCGUACGGUCCACCCCCAAGGUGA